CGGUGACUGUUCUCUCAUCCAGUCCGGGGGUGGCACCAGGGAUCGACGAAUCAGCGCUUAGAGAGCGCAAGACAGUGACCAAACCCGUUUCACCGUAACCAACUGUGGACCACACCUCCGGCAUGCACCCUCUCCGCCGGUUAUUGAAUUAAGCUUAUCAUUUGAUUUUGAGGAGACCCACCAGUCGGUCGUCUCGGGCUCUCUUAAGCGGGCCGAAAAACUUCUUUCUAUCCGCGGCUAUAAUCGCAAUAAUUUGAUAUCGCUGAUCCGAUUACGCGUCAUAAGCCGCUAUCGAGCAACCAGCUACCGCCCGCGUCCCUUAGCUCUUAUCUACGAGCAAAGGAGAAUUACGUGACGCUGCCACUGCUGCUUAUUACACCCUGCCCUACGAUUAUCCGAGAUUUCGUGGGAAGAAACGGAAAACGUCGUUGCUGGGGCCGGAAGGAAAAGCCGCGGCCAAGGCCCGGCCGGGGCCCUUAGCUUUUCCUUUUUUCUCGUGAUUUCGACCUCGUUACGAACGAAUUUAUAUAUACACAUACAUAUAUCCAGAUUCUUCGAAUCGACAUGUUCCAGUGAAUGAAGAGUCUGUUAGUUCCGUUUUCACGAUCCACAUUAUCAGCUGGAAAGAUUCGGUUUAUCGAAUCGAGCGAGGAGUCAAGGAUGGAAACGAGAUAAGAAGUUUCGAUGAACUGUCCAGGUGAACCAUUUUGUGUCCUUCGUUUGAAAGUGCCCUUGAUCCGCCUCUACCGCCUGUGACUUGAAGAUCCGCCUCUGUUUCAUCCGUACUCGCGGUGAAUCUUCGGGUGAAUCAUGGAUUAUUCGUACUUGAAUCAGGCGGCUGCCGCCGCGGCCGCCGGUUUCGAGGCCUCUAGCUGUGCUCUGGCCGCCAGUGAGAUGCAAUGUGGAUACGGUGACUUGAGCUCAUGCUCGCAAAUGAGCCAGGCCGCCUAUCGGUACACAGCCGCGAGGGCUGCUGGCUAUCCGGGUAACGCGGGAACUACGAGUACAGGGAGCACCACGCCGCUGGGGGCCCAUCACACCACCCACUCUCAUGCCCACGCGCACCACGGGGCCCACACAACCCCCUGCUCGGUAAUGGCCGCCAGAUCUCAAGAGGUCCACCGGCACGCCGCUUCGAUCUUUCCCUCGGCCAUUAAUUUGCAGAGUGGAUUAGGAUAUAAAGCCUAUUCAGGGCACGAUGGUUUGGCGGAGAAGAGGAAACAACGUCGGAUACGAACAACUUUUACAUCGGCUCAGCUUAAGGAAUUGGAGCGUGCCUUCCAGGAGACUCAUUAUCCAGAUAUCUACACUAGAGAAGAAAUCGCUAUGAAGAUAGAUCUAACGGAAGCUAGAGUCCAGGUGUGGUUUCAAAAUCGGCGCGCGAAAUUCCGGAAGCAGGAGAGGCUGGCCCAGCAGAAAUCGACGUCCCAGAGCGGGAUAGGCGUGGACAGCGGGGCCUCCAGCCCCGUGGGUGGCAGCGUGAAGGCGGAGGGCCGUUCCCCGAGAAGUCCAGCCACGCCGCCUUCCACCACGAACGCCGUGAUGUCCGCGAACGAGGUGAAACCGAUCCCUAACCCGAACCUGGUGAGCGUGAAGCACGCCGUGAGCGACGCGUCCGCGGCGGAGGGAAACUCGCCGAACACGCAGCGGGGAAGCAACGGGGGCGGCGGGGCAUGGGGCUCGUGUAGCCCCAGGCCUUUCUCGGCGGCGCUGCCGCCGUAUCUGUUGGACCCGUUGCCCUUGAAAACUGCGAAUCUCUACUAAUCGUCCCGACGAGACCACCCACUCCAUCCCAGCGAAAUAUAUGUAAAUAUAGGGGAAGUCGCGACAAGUAUUGGAAUGGAAACUGUUGCGAAUGCUGUUCAGCCUCUCCUUCCAUCGUCGGGUCGUUUUUAUCCCCUUCCUCUCGAUCGGAAAUUCUUCAUUUUUUCCUUCUUUCUUUUUAGAUAUCUAACAGAUUUAUGUUUCCUUCUGUCUCCUAUUUUUUUUGUUACUUUUCACUGCUUUAUCCGCACUGAAUUUGCGCCCGAAUCGGGCAAGUUUCAUUUUUAUUCUUUCUUCUUCUUCUUCUUCUUUUUGGAAAGUGUGUUUUUUAAUAAUGUAACGUUUUAAUAAUGUAAAUAAUAAUAAUAACGAUAAUACUUUUUGUGAAAAAACGACCUCGAUGGAAGAUACUUUUAUUCGAAAAAGAUUCUCGCUGGAAAAACUGAUGAGUGAUACCGAUAUCUACGUACCGUCCUAUAUUUCUCAUUGAUUAGUCGACGAACGGAUAGUAUUUAUGCCAUGUAUUAAAUCGCACGCGAAGGCGUUAAAUAAAUAAAUAAAUAAAUAAAAAGAAGGGAAAAACUUGUCCAGAAGAGAAGUUUCUCGAGGGAGAAUCGGUCGAUAUUUUUCAAAAUAAAAGGAGAAAAAGAAAAAAAUUGGGUGCAAAUCUGGCUUUGGGUCUUCUCGUUGUUCGAACGAACGUCUCGAGAGCAGCGGAUAAAGAGAGAAAGAACUGAACAGCGUUUUUUUCCACAUACAACAACAAUUUGCCAAAAUUGAAAUUAAACGACACUUUAACGGAGGAUAUCGAUGUGUACAGUUGUUGCUAUAAAUAUAGAAAAAUUAGUGUUUUACACCGUAAACUCAUACUUACUUAUCCAUCGAACGGGAACAAGGAUUCUUUUUUCCUUCAAAAAAAAAAAAAAAAAAAGUGACUGCAAGACGGAUGAGAGAAGAGAAAAAGAACGAAAAAAGUAAAGAAAAGAAGAAGAAGAAGAAGAAGCGUAUUUAAGAAGAUGAGAGAGAGAGAGAGAGAGAGAGAGAAAACGAGAGCAAAGAUGUAAUUCCACCGUCGUGUGUGUCAUUGGCCAUUCCAAUACCCAUUACAUUUACAGAAUUAUACAUUAGUAUAAUAAGAUUUAUUAAGGUCCAUUCGUAAUAAGGAUAAUGUGUUAUAGUCCGUGUCCCCCGACGAUAUCGAAGAAAAUCGUGAGUGCUCGUGUAAGAAAAAGAGUGAGCGAGUGAGUGAGUGAGUGGUAGAAGUGAGUGAGAAGAAAGAGAGGCAAACCGUUCCCAAUAGUCGAAGGAAAACUUAUCGCUCCUCCGCCUGUUCGGUUAAUCGCGAAAAUUAAUCCUUGAAUCGAAGAGAAACGACGCACGUGAACCCUUGCCCUUGGUUUAAUCUUUAAGUGCUCUUAAAGGGGGCUCGAUAAUCAACAGCCCCCCGGUCGGUUCACGGGGAUCGUGAAAGAAAUUAUUUAUUUUAAGAAGAAACAUCUCGCAACAAAUGUUCGAUCCGCGUAGGAUCGUCGAGUUGGUGGUGUUAAUCCAUCCAUCUAUCCACUUAAAGAUUAAAAAAAAAAGAAAGAAAUCGUGUCUCGUUCGCAUCGGGGAUCAUCAAUUUUUUAGAGGGGGAGGGAGAUUCGAGGAACGCGUCGUUACUCUGUCGACCAUCCAAACUAUUUUUAUAUAGUGAACGCUUGUGGAUAAUAAUAAUAAUAAUUAAUAUUCCGUAGAAUUGUCGAUAUAAGGAUCAUAAAGCAAACCGAGGCAUCGGUCGAAACGAUGACUUUUCUUUCGACGAGGUCUUCUCGAUUAGACGCGCACAAAUUGGAAUGUCGAGACGACGAAUGUAUCCUCGCCGCUUCUCCACUUUGUAUUUCCUUUUUUUCUUUUCCACGCGAAGGUCAAAGUCCCCUCCCCGAAGGCUCCCUCUACUUUCUUUAAUUCUCUGUUAUCAUUAUUGUAGUUAUUAUUAUUUUCUUUUCCUUUUUUUUCGAAACAUAUUACAUUUAUUGAAAAUAAUCAUUCUUUUUUUCUUUUUUUAUUUAUCUUUCGCAUCUUCGUCCCUUGCUCUUCUUCGCUCGCCACUUCUUCUUGUUCGUCGUUUUAACACUACAAUCGUUGCUCCUGAUCGCAAUCCAGGCAAUAUAUACGGAUUUGUAUACUUUGUACUUUUCUUGUGUCAGCCUCGUGUAUAUCCUUCUCCCGAGGAUAAAGGGGGCGGAUCCUUUGCUGGCUUGCACGCUUUUAUGAGAGAUAAGAUCGAUGGAUAAAU